AUGGAAACGGAAGGACCGGCUCGUCUUCGUCCGAAAAGCAAACGAACCGAUGACCCGAGCAUUCGGGUUUCUGGUGUAUCGGCAUCGUCAUCGGGUAGUUCAAUGAGUCAGGCCAGCUCGUCAUCGAGCUCGUCUGCCCACCUCAGCGAUUUUCCUCCUUUACCAGCUGGGUGGGAAGCCUGCACAGACCAGAAAGGUAGAACGUUCUACAUUGACCACACAACAAAGCGAACAACUUGGCAGCGGCCGUCACCGAAGGAAAGCAAGGAGCUCGAGCACCUUGAA